UUAUGUUAAACGUCAUCAGAAAUUUGUCAAAUACGUAAACGAAUCGCGGCUUACAUUCUUCAACGUGUUCAAACUUGUUCAGUCAAGUUGUGACCUGCCUGUGGUGUAAAUCGCUCUGCUCAAGAAAUUGGAUCAAAUUUCCUUCGAAACUUUGAAGACUGUUAAAAUUACAAAAAUGUUGUCGUAUUUAAUUUGUUUUUUGGCUUUAACCACAACCGCUGUAUUUGGUGGUGUUUGUAUUAAACCCGCGGAAGUUUCAGCUACAUCAUUUACAACACAAGAUGCAACAGUUGUCUCAGAAAUUGCUUUGGUUGCUGAAUUCUCAUUGAAAUGCUCCAAUGGUGUAGUUCCAGAUAACUUAUACGCUGAUAUCGAUGGAUUAAUCACAUAUGUAGCCAAGAUUGAUGAUAAAUUCCAGGUUAGCUGGACUGAAGACAUCAAGAAAGCCCAACGUGGUGAUCGUAAUAUUCGUAUUUUCGAUGAAGAAGGUUAUGCCACAUUACGUAAAACUUUACGAUCUGGUGACGAUAGCUCAGCUGUUGAACCACUUGUAACUGUUGUAGUGAACCAUCCAGGUGCUUUCAACGGACCAUGGUUGAAGAGUGAAUUCAUUGCCGCUGUCUUAUCAAUUGUCGUAGCAUAUGUUGCUUUCAGUUCAAAAGCAAAAUUAUUAGCGUAAAUUAAUAUUAAUAUUAUUUAUGUAAUC